AUGACCAAGUCUCCCGCUGAUGCAGACCAAGGGGACGGUCAGUCAAGCUCCAUGCCUGUGAAAAGAAUCAGAACACGCACAGGCUGCCUCAACUGCCGCAAGAAGAAGAGAAAAUGUGAUGAGCGACGACCAACAUGCGGCGGCUGCAGCAAGAAGAAGCAACAGUGUCGCUGGGGUUUGAAGCUAAGCUUUCGAGAUGAAAAUGCUCAGCAUCUUGGGGACAAUCAUCCUUCUAUGCGACGAGUUGCGAGACGAGCACCAAAACACUACGAGAUCUUGGACGUCACCUCAGAGGUGAUUCGCGAUUACAACAUCUCAUCACCUCCGCAACUAAACUUUGACGACGAUGAAGAGAGUACGCGUUUCGGCUCUGGACACCUUGCUGGUGACAACAGCCUUUACAUUGGUGGAGCUGCAAACACACAUACACCUGGAAUAUCCGUCUUCGAUGAGGUCUCGCCGGCGGAAUCGUUUGGAGCGCUUGGUGUAGGACCAAUGGGCGUCUCAUAUGCAGACACGGAGUCGCCAUUGCUCACGAAUGACUCUGCCUCGCCAGUAUCUCGUCGGCAGACAGAAAACGCUGUCGCCGACUUGCUGUACUUCAGCCAAGGCGGACAAUCGACCGAAGUAGCAGAUCAUGCUCUACGGAUGCGACUGGAUCCUCCAAUGCCAAUCGGCCUCCUAGCAGAUUACCUCGACCGUAAUCAGCCAUUCACACCCAACGGAACUUCCUUUGAAGAUGGGAUAUUCCUUCCGGGAACUGCGUAUCAUGAGCUGCACUCUACCUUGAGGCAACACCUGAUCCAAGAAGUUCGUUCCACUGCGUCCACAAGACCAACCACGCCGAGGGUUGACAUUGAUGGAGCUGAGAUCGAAAACGGCGAGGGCGACAGACACGACAAAUCACUUGGUACUGUUCCUGAAGCCCCGGCAAUAACACUCGAGAUAGAGAAGCCUGUAUUGUCUAAAGAAGAAGAGUGUAAUCUUUGGCGAAACUGGUUCGACGAAGUUGCUCCUUGGCUGGACAAAUUUGACAUAGAACGCCACUUUCAGUUCUCCCUGCCAACGUUGGCACCGUCUAACGACCACUUACGAUACGCCAUUCUUGCGCUCUCUGCUCGACAACAAGAGCUGAAAGAGACGACGCAACCCACAGAUCGGAGCUUGGCGUUAUACCAAGAAGCAAUACACCUCUUGCUUCCGAACCUUGCGUCUCGCUCAACGGCCGCGAUUGCGUCCUGUGUCAUCCUUUGCGUUCUAGAGAUGCUAAGCUGCUCGCCCAAAGCAUGGCAACGGCACCUUGAUGGAUGUGCCAGCUUAAUGGAGGCAGUCGGAAUCAAUGGCUUUGUUGGCGGAGUGGACCAGGCAUUAUUUUGGUGUUUUGCGAGGAUGGAUGUAUGUGGUGCUCUUAUAUCGUCCGUGACGACAUUAAUCCCUGUCUCACAUUGGGCAUCUAAAUUGAGCAUCGAUGAUGAUGUCCGUAUGUUCGAGUCCGUCGAAAACUUUUCAGGAUGGGCAAACUACGCCGUCUAUCUCACAGCUCAAGUUCUGAACCUCUUAUCGCCAUUGUCGGGCAUGACAUCAUUACAAGUCACAAACCGCUCGGAUCCGAAAUUUCGCACACGCUGGCUGAAGCUGUGGAAGUACAUAUCUGAAUGGCAGGAUAAACGACCUGCGCCUCUCCUACCCGUCAUGACAACCCCAUCAACUGAAUCAUCUCCGUUCCCGACCAUCAUCUUCUCCAACCCAGCCGCCAUAUCCGGCAACCAGCUCUAUCACACCGCAUCGGUGCUGAUGCUGCAAAAUCAGCCAGCAAACGUGAAACUGACGCCAAUGCCAAAGAGCAUUCUGUGGCAUGCACGUCGAAUUUGUGGAAUCAGCAUAUCCAACGCCCACCACGGCGCGUGGACGAACGCCGUUCAACCGCUGUGGGUGGCCGGCAGAUGCAUGAGUCAUCCUGCUGAGCACAAGGCAAUUCUAGAUAUACUGGAGAGGAUUGAGAAGGAAUCUGGGUGGGGGACAAAGUGGCGACAGGAGGAUCUCAAAACAUUCUGGGGCGACUUGGAAGAUUGA